AUGAAGUGCUUUGUGAUUUGUGCGGUAAUUGCCGUUUCUUUUGCUGUGGCAACUGCAGGGCCAGUGGUAGAUGAACAUCAAACUCCACACAUAAAUUCGAUUCACUCCAAUGAGCCAACCAUUGAAGAAUCUUUAAUGAAAAAAUUAAACAACAAAUGUUCGAAACACGACAUUUCGUCCUGCAUGAUGUUGAAACUUGUCACUUACUUCAAUCGUAUGCUGAAGAAGUCUCAAAUUGAACUGGGGGAUGUUGAAAUCAGUCAAACUUCCACUGAAACCACUACAAUUGAGAGCUCAAGAAGUUUAAAAGACGUCGAAAAAAUGUCUGAUGAAGAACAGUUGACUACACUUAUUGGCGAUAAAUUGUACAACUUUGUUCGUACUAGGUCCAUGAAAUGGCAUGUAACCGAUGGUGCUGAUCUGGUGGUAUCUGGAAGAAGUGACAACGACGGCGGUUUGAACCUUGGCUUUUCUAUUCGUCCAGUUGAAGGUGCCACAGAAGAGAGCCGUAAAAAGAAAAACGAAGGAGGUAACAUGAACGGUAUCAUGGCUGCAGCUAUGAUGAAGAUUGGUCUCCUCAAGGCUUUGGCUUUCAAGGCUUUAGUAAUUUUGGUCGGAAAAGCCUUACUUGUUAGCAAACUCGCCCUUGUUCUCGCCGCAAUUAUUGGUCUCAAAAAGCUACUUAGCCAAGAAAAGCACGUAACCUACGAAGUAGUAGCCCAACCCCAUCAUGACCACCACGAACACCACGUUAGCAGCGGUGGACAUGACAGCUACGGAGGUGGUGGCUGGGGAAGAACUUUCGACGCUAAGGAAGCCCAAAACUUGGCUUACAGUGCCCAAGUACCAUCUAAUUAAAUUAGAUAGAAUUAGUCCCAAAUGUUACCACCAUAUUGGUGUCCA